UCCCCGGACUGUGUGCAUCACCCUCACUCUCCCCCCUCCUCUGUGAAACAAACCCAGUCUCAGUUCGUCAUUGGUUCCUUUUGGAGGUUGGGCUUUAGGUCGUCCGUGGGUCCACCUCCAUCGUUGCGUCAGCUGCAUUAUAUUUACCGAAACACUGAAGCUCACGUCCCGAGGAAGCUUUUCCAAAGAGCUGGACAGGAGCGAGAGAAAAACACUCAUAUCCAGGAAAACUUUACACAUCUGCGCAAAGUUCUGAUCCAAACUCUGGGACAUCCAGGAGAGAGGACCAGAACUCCAACUACAGCUGAGAGAGACACACACAGAGAAGACUCGUCAAACCUCUCUGUCUGACUAAAAACUGAAAACUUCUUUUAACGGAACAAACCUCGAAAUGAGUGAGUGCUAGGAUCUGUGAGACCCCGAGGAAGUUCUUCAAGUUUGACCCAAAAAGACAAAGACAAGGACUCUUGAUAAGAUCGAGAAGACCCUGAAGACACAGCCAUGGACACGGGAAAGGUAUUUACAUUUUUCAGUCUCUUUAUUUCUGCACAGAGUGUGAAAAUAAUCCUGUCAGACCGGUUCUCUGCGCUGUCAGUGAGUCCUGGAGAAAACGGGUUCAGCGGGUUCAGGUCUAACCAUGAGGUCUUCACUGACUCCCAUGUGCUGCUAUAGAAGCUGAUGAUGAUGUAGACAGGAUCUAUGUGACCUACUUCUCUGUUUACACUCUAAACUUCUCUCCUCUGCUCUGUUUAUAAGCUUAGAUGUCAUAAAUCGUCCAUUUUGUGAAGUUUUAUGGCGGUUUAACCGACUAAAUACUUUACAUCUCAGUGGCCAAUAACGCAAACCAACCCAAACGAAACCUAACCCAUUAUUUUCCUGUUUUUAUUUAACCUUCCCAUCGUUGCGUAAUUUUAAACUUUUUCCGGAACAUUUUAAAUAAAUUUGACUUUAAACCCACUUUGACGUCAUACGGGUAGGGGUACGGGGAUGCUUUGUCACGUCUCGCGCCUUGCUCUCGUGAAUAGGGGAGACUGGGGUAAGUUGAGUCACCCACUGUUUCUUGGAAUUGGUUAAAUAAAUUGAUCAUGUGACCAAAUAUUGAGGAGAUGGUCAUCAAUUCAUGGAGUCUGUGAAGGUUCAAAGCACAUGAGUGAAGGGGAUAGACAUUUAUUUACAUAAAAAAACAUUUUUCACUUUGUAAAGUGAAUUCAGUCUGUUAUCAAUUUGAUUAGAAUUGUGAAAUGGCUGAUAAGGCGCCAGAGAUUUGGCAAUAUGAGAUGUACUGUCAUGGGACUCAAAGACUCGAUCGAGUUAUUAUUGAUUAUGGACAAUAAACGAUACUCUCUGUAUAACAUCUGAAGCAUCAACAAAAGCAACAGAGAUAAUUUGAACACAUAUAUGUGUCUCUCUUUCUCUAAUGCCUUGCUCUGAGAGUAAGGUCUUGUUUUAUUUUGAUACUGUGGAUACUGUUAACAUGAAUAUGGGAGACUGGGGUAAGAUGAGCCACCUCCUGUUUCUUGUCAAUGGUUAAAUAAAUUGAUCAUGUGACCAAAUAUUGAGGAGAUGGUCAUCAAUUCAUGGAGUCUGUGAAGGUUUGAAGCACAUGGGUGAAGGGGUUAGACAUUUAUUUACAAAAAAAAACAUUUUUCCCUCUGUAAAGUGAAUUUAGUCUUUAGUCAUCAGUUUGAUUAGAAUUGUGCUCAGACCAAAUAAGAUCAUUGUAUCUCUUUAAUGCCCGACAUCACAAAUCAAGGCUUGAAAAUUCACAUCUUUUUGGAGCUGAAAUGUUUAUUUUAUUUACUACUGAAAACCAAAAUAAUCAAAAUGUCCUUCUAUAUUUUGAAGACAGUUCUGUUUACACUCACUUUGUUGGUUUGCAGGGAUGAACAACAUCCUGAAAUAUCUGCAGAGACACGAGUUAGAGACAAAACUAGGACUGACUUGAUGUAGUGAUUCCAAAUAUGAACAAUGGAUCAUCUUAUCCCACUCUCCCCUACUGUAGGGGAUGAGAUGAGGUGGUUUGUCACCCACAGUCAAGAUGGUCUUCCUGCUAACUGGCUACGUGACUAAAGUUUGGCAGAGUUAUUAAUAGCUGCUGCUUUUAAGAGCCUCUUAGGGAGGGAGGCACGCUGAUACCAGUGGAAGAAUCUGAAUACAUAUCCGAACAGUGAAAUAACAUCCAGUAACACAUGAAUAAUGUUAGAUCAGCUGUCAGGACCAGGACAGAAACGUUAUACUCUGUGAAUAUGUUUGCUAACAGGUCGUUUACUGUCGCUUUAAAAUGAACAUUAUGAACAUUUCAUUUUAUCUCCAGUGAUUGAUCUUUCAUCCUUCCUACGAUCUAAUCAAUAACUGAUCAUUUACACACAAGACAUCCUCUGACUUCACAUUGUGUCUUAGUUUUGGACUGUGAUGCUCCUUGUUCUGGGAGCAAACAUGACUUAUCAGUGUCUGAUACUGCUGUCUCUGUGCUCACAGUUACACAGCAGACGUUCGGCCGAGUCUGCCGCCUCCUUCUCUUUUAUUAAAGCUGGUAAAGUUCGACUCAGCGGGGGAAUAAUGUUCUCCCUCUGCUGCUGUGUUUCUUUUCCAUUUCUCAUGCCUCAUGCUGACUUUGAUGAUGAUACCAAAGUGACACUGCGGUGGACCUUCAGCUGGACGGGUUCUCUGAGGACGUGAUGGGAAUGGUGUCCGUUGUUCCUUUUCAUGCAGAUUCAGUAGAUUUCCAGAGAGAGUGAAACUCUACCGAGGGAAUACACAGUCCCCGACACCGGGGUGUUAAAGCCUCCCUUCCCAGGCUGCUGCUGCUGCUGCUGCUGCACGCACUCCUCUGUGUUUUGUUGCUUCCUGCAGCGUUCAGCCUCUUUUUUAGUGUUUGUAGUCAAACAGUUGUUGAGGAGAAUGAACUCGUCUGGAUUUUCAUACCUGGAUUUAAUAUGAAGUUAUCUGCUGAGUUAUGUACGGUUUAAAUAAAGUCUGGUUAGUGAGGCGGUUGACUCCAGUUAACAUGAAAGUGACACUUAUGGGAAGUGCUUUCGCUAUUGUUUGACUUCCAGCGAAGUGACACAGAUUCAGAGACGUGUAAAUGAUGCUCUGAUUAAAAACCGCCUAAACAACUACCUGCUCCGUUCAUUUGACCUGUUUUUGUCAUCGACCUGCGGGCUCUGCAGUCUGCAGGUUACCAUGGGAAACCUUUUUUAUUUUUACAUUUUCAUAUUAAUAUACUACAAAUGCAGUUAGUCCUCUGUGUUUGUAAGUCAGGAGAGGUCGACUGAUUAUCCUCAUGAGCCUGAAUCAGUAUUUUAUUCUCCUCGUCACCGAUAAAAGAAAUUAAAUAAUUUAGAAGAUGUUUAAUCUUCGCUUCUUUUCUGGUGUUUGUUUCCCUCUAUGUCUGUUUUUUUGUCCUGCUAUCUGAUUGGCUAUAAACCGUGCAACUGCGCCACUUUUUCGGUAAACGCGUCAUUCCUGUAUAAGACGUUAAAAGUUUUUUAGUUUUAAAUUUUUGUUAAAAGCUUUUAAAGAAAAUCUUGUGUUUUAGUUAAAAAUAUUUCAAGGUCUGAAUCCAAACUGGUUCCAAAUAUCUGUUACUAGUCUUCAAACCACUGAUAACCUGUACUGGUAUUAGUAUCUGUAUCAUUAAUUAUUGGUUUCGGUAUUGGCCCUGAAGGACUGAUAUUGGUCGACCUCGACUGGAUGGCGUCACCACAAACUACAGGAGUCUUCAUAAGCUCUGCUCAGAGUUGGUUUGGGUUUUUGGCCUGUAGGUAGAAACAUAGAUGUCUCUCUUUGACACCCAUAAGAUUAGACGAUUGGUUGAUUGAUUAAUUAUGAAAACUAUCAGAUAGUUAAUUGCAAACAAGGCCUUUGGCUGGUUGUGGAUUUGUUCCAGGUAGAUGUCAGGAAACACUCCUAAAACCUCUUUAGAGUCGUUUUUUUCUCUACUCUUCCAUUUUUCCUCUUUUGUUGCGGCUCUAAUCUAAUUACGAUGCAGUUAUUCCCUAAUCUGAAAGCUCCUCCAUCAAAAUAUGCGACACUAAUCCCGCCUUACUUCACAUAGUUAGCCCUCCAAAGAGCUUUACCCCCAACGACAACAAGACGAGGCUUUGUUUGAGUCUCCAAACUCGACUCGCUCUCCUUCAUUUCUCAAACAGAAAUAAAUGAGGUCAUGGAGGUCAAGCCUACAGUUGACCCGCUCUGUUUUCAACACAACAGCCUCUAAACACGUUCUUCCUGACAGCACAGGUAUUUUGAUCGGGCGCCAACAACAUGGCACAGACGUUUAAUUGCACGGGUUUAAUUCUUCGCCAUCCGCCGACCCCUGCUCUCCUUAAGACAGUCGGCUCAGUUUCCUUUCAUUUCUGCAUGACUGUCUCUCUUUCUAAUGUCUCGUACUGUAAGUGUCAGCCAUGUCUUAAUGAGGAUUAAUGAGGCUUUCGCUGCAAAAGUUGGGAUUAGGAGAUCGGGGAGGAUUUUAAUUAAGAUGAACAAGACUGCACGUUAAACUCGCUUGUGCGGCGUGCACGGAUAAAAAGGAUCAUGGCGAGCUGGGCUGCGUCUCUGAGUUUGAAAUGAGCUCGCUUUAAUAAAUCAGCACAGACACUCGGAGGGUUUUAACCUUUUGUGUCACCUUCAAACCUCUGAUACGACCUCUGGCUUUUUCAUCUAACGUGCUGCGGGAAGAACUCGAACUUCCUCGUGUGUUUCUGCACGUUUUUAAUCCGAGUUAAUUAUUUACAGUUUCUGAAAUAGAAGUUAUAUAUUAUUCAGGCUGCAGUCAGACAAGAUCAGUGAGAUAACUGAACAGAUAAACCCAGGACUGUUUCAAAGCGGAUAAAUUCCUGUUCAUAAACUGAUAUUUUAAAUUCUGGUCACAGAGUCUGGGUGCGGCUUCAGUUAGCAGAGCUAGCACCACCAGUCUUCGGACCGCCCUGCAGGUUAACGGUCAACUGUUUAUUUAACUCCUUCGCCACAGUGUCAACAAGCAGAGAGGAGGUGUGCAGGACUCUCGUUGUGAAGCGGCUCAGUUUUCACCACAGCAGCCUGAAGUCGACGCUCCUCUGCAGGUCGACCGUGUCUGAGGGUUUGUGCAGGAUUUUAUCUCCUCUGUGCGUCUGUCUGGAGUUUUCUGGCACGGAGAGAUAAGAAGUCAUCAUGUGUCUACUGACAGUAUGUGGAGCAUGAACCGAUAAAUAAAAAAGCACACAUAAUAAUGAUGAUCUCCUUCCAGGAGGAUGUGGAGUUUUUUAUUUUUUUAUUGCUUAAUCUGCUUUAAUGAAAGUUUAAUAAUAAGGAGUGUUGAGACUCAGCCCCGUGACUUUCUGUUCCUGAUUUAGUUUUUAAAAGGAGUUUGAAAAGUGGAGAUAUUUCCACAAAAACACAGAGUUUGUUCUGAAUUAUGGUGCUGAAUCAUAUGAAAGCUUAUUUCCCUAAAAACUAUUAUAAAAUAACAAACAGCAGAUCUGAUUUUGACUCUAAAGUCGAGUCUUUAUAAGUCGAGAGUUUUCGCUCGCUUUCUUAUAACUUGUCAAAACAAAGACGUUGUUGAUGAUGUUGAAGAGUAAAAAUGUCUGUAAAUGAAGCAAAGAUCCUCGAGAAGUUCCAGGAAUUAAUCAAGUAAAUUUUGGUUUUAGAUAACAUUGAAUAAGAUGUGUAUAUUUGGGACAUUUGACAUGAAAUGAAGCGUAAAAAGAUAUUUUGAAGAUCAGGGUUUAGAUUUGAGUUUUUACGGUGCAGACGUCAGUCAGUCAGUCAGUCAGCUGACUCUCAUGCUUGUAUGUUUGAGAGAUUUCAUUCAUUCACUAAAUUUGAGGAUAUUUUAUAAAAAGCGUCUGUAAAACUUGUGAGGAGGUACAGUUGUACAGUUGUAGAAAUAAAAGUCAGAACCAUAUUUGGAUCCAGAACCUCUGCAGAGUGGAGGGACUGGAAAAGAGGGCGGAGCCGAGCGGCGCUGAGGUGAGCACAGGGGACAUAUUGGAUUCCCCACAGCUGUGUAAGCUGACACUGGAGGUUGUGGCGUGAGGAGGGACGUGCCGGUAGCAGCGUAGGCCAUCGCCGGUCUGCCACACUCUGGCACCGAGCUGCUGCCCGUCUGUCUGUCUGUCUGUCUGUCUGUCUGAGGGCGGGCCAGUUUUUCUUCUUCUUUUUUUUUUCCAGCUGUAAAAUAUCUGACCUAAUUCUGAGGAAGUUCUGUGGAAGUCCAGCUGUGAUGAGUCACUAACUGAGUCCUGAUCCAGUGGUAGGAAACUGCUGCUGCUGCUGCCCCCAGGAAAAGAUCCAUGAAGUUGUGCAAACUCACUCAAUGUUUUCUGAAACAAGGAGGGUCUUUGUCUGCUCAGCAGCACCUUCAGGAUAUUUGUGAAUAUUUCCUUUUGUCGUCGGCUCCUCUGUUGACUUUUCUUAAACUAAAGAGACACAGAACUGGAGACAUGAGGCCGCACAUGUGAAGCAGCGAGUACACUGACUGUAAUUAUCGCUCUUAUGUCAUUUAUAAAACACAUGGACUUUAGUCAGAGAGAGUAAAAUACUCAACUUUUAUAACACUGCAGUGAAACUCUUUCACCAUCACAUGCUUAAAAACAAGUUUAUUUUUUUAUUUGGUGGUUUAAAAAAGCACAAAGGCUCAUGGGAAACAGAUCUGCGGUCAUGUUUUCAGUCCAGCUGCUGUGGGUUUGCAGAGAACAUCAGUUUAAGACGAGGACGGUGACCUUUUCUGACCUUCUGGAAAACCUUCUAGGUUGGAUAUAUUUUCCUGUAAAUACGGCGGUGAAGUUAGUUUUAGGAUUAAAGCUACAACAAUAAAUCCCCAUUUCUUUACCCUUUCUCCCAGAAUUAGAAAACUCUUCAGUUCUUCACUCAGAGGAUCCAGACUUUAAAAUCUUCACCUACUGAACACAGACGGUCAGUUUAGAGUCGCUGUGAAGAACCACCCUCAGUUUUCACCUCCUGCCCGUAUUUACAGUAAAUGUAGGUCAUUAACUUUUAUUUUGAAGGACUCGCACUUUCAGCUUCCUGUCGCCCUUAAAUUUUCUUCGAAGAGGUUAACCACAACAUCCUCAUGUCUCAGAAGAUGUACGUCAGAAACACCCCCGCCCCCCGGGGCCAGCUGACUUCAGAGGUCUGAGGUGGUGGUUUCCUGAUGGAGUCUCUGUGUAUUCACCAUUAAUCGAUGUAAUGAAACCAUGAAACAUGAACGCUUUAAUAUGAGAGGGUGAAGGAUUCAUCACGCGUGUUUGCAGAGGGUUAAAAUGACAGAUGAUGAUUUGUUUACAUGACUUAAAAAAAAAAAGGAAGAGAUGUUGGCGUGACCUGAUGUUCACACGAACUUCCUCUUUAUUAACACGCCGUCAUCAGGUGUUUUCAGUCACUCCGGUCGACGCCGUCACUGUUUACCUGUAAAGAGCAGAAAUUUAUGUUGCCAAGCAACCAAGUCUGCUAUCAACGGUUUUUCGACCGUGUCCUGCAGCAGCGACCAGACCGGACGGGUCACUUUUUAAUUUUCACAUGCAAAGAAGAGCCGGACGUGUUUGCAUAGAGGGAACCAUCUGAGUGACUGACUGACCAGUGAGAGUCUGAAACUUUAGAAGGUCGAACAAGUUUUUCUUUAGAACAAAAGAUUGAGAGGAUCUUUUGUACCAACAGCCAUCAGGCUUUAUAACUCUUGUGUAAGUAAUAGAUCAUUUUAGAGACAUAUUAUGUGAGACGACAGACAUUUGAAUUUACCUCCAGGGAUCAAUAAAGUUCUUCUUAUCUUCUUAUCUUUAAUAUAAAGGAAAGUUUUUUUCUUUAGUCUGAUAAUAAAACCUGAUUUUAAAAUGAUCUUUUAAUCAUUUUCACAAAUCUGGUUCAAAGUUUUACACUCGGAGAAUAGAGCAGCUUUUCGGUUUUCAUCCACACGUAUUUUCCCUAAACUUAGAAAAUAUUAAAUUUUCACUCUAAAUGUUUUUACCUGCGUCUCCUGCUAGUCUUUCUAAAUGAGCUUUAAUGUGACUUUUCCAGAUGUUUGGAGAGUGCACAUCAAAAACCACCGUGUCUUAAUUUACCUCGGAGGAAAUCAGAUUUUUAGCAUUUCUGGAAACAAACACCAACUACUAAAUCAUUGAUUAUAAGGACAUGUUAAACAAACAGUUUUUAAUCCUGUGAACAACAAAUAUAAUUCAAUAAUCGAAAACAAAGAAAACCAAAACUUGAUAAAUCAAUAUCAGGGUGUUUGAGAUCGCCUCAUGUCCCUGAGGUUGAAUUCUGACUCAUUAGUUAUAUGACCCUCUGUUGUUUGACUGUAAUCUACUCUUCCUGGAGUGGGAUUGUCCAGCCGAGUCAUCGUGCGUGAGCAAACACACACACACACACACACAAACACACACACACCCAUUUAUAACAGUGAACACAAACACAGGAAGCUGCGGCGGAGCGACCCGGGUCCACAGGUGGAGAGUCUGAUCUGUGAGGAGGAGGGUUCAGGUUUUUAGAGGAGGAUUAAAGUUCCUGAUCAGAACAUAGUUAGAGAGGGUGUGACUGCAGAGCUUCAUUGUUUCCUCUGUCAGGAAGUCAUGUGUGUUUUACCGCCGUGUCAGACUCACCUCCCUUUAAAGGACAGGUGGAACGAGACGCACUGAAGAGGCUCGGCUGGUUUUAAGGACUUCCUCAAGUCCUGAUCGGGGUUUACAGAGUCUCCAGAACGUUACAUAAGUGUGUUUGUCUGAGCUGUAUGGGCCUUUACAAACAGAGAGUGUGUGUGUGUGUGUGUGUGUGUGUGUGUGUGUGUGUGUGUGUGUGUGUGUACACUGAGGGAGGUCUGGUGUAUUUAGGGUAAAGGUAAAGAUGUAACAGAGGAGUGUUUCAUUUACACACACACACACACACGUUUGACAACAAUAUGCAGCUGGAUUGGACCCUCCACAUGUUUGCUGGUCUCUGCAGUUAAUCCCAGGAGGGGGGUCCGGAUUGAAACAGACCCCCGCAGAGACUUUUCCCACAUGACUCUGUUUCUCUGUUUGCAGCUGGUUUUGGACUCGGACUGUUCUGGUCGGCGUCCACUUUGGCAGCGUGGCUCCUUUAAGAGCCCAUCCCACCACUUGGACAAAUGUGUGUGUGUGUGUGUGUGUGUGUGUGUACGUCUUAUCCCUAAACACUCCAGUUAUGGACUUAAAGACCCUCACAACAAGGAAACUCAUUGGCUGCAGAGUGCAGGCGUGGUUAAACGUCUCUUUAGCUCUGUCUCCAGAAACCCUGACGUUGUUCAGCUCUCUCUCUCUCUCUCUCUCUCUCUCUCUCUCUCUCUCUCUCUCUCUCUCUCUCUCUCUCUCUCUCUCUCUCUCUCUCUCCUCCUGUCUCUCUUCAUCAUGCAGGCGAGGUUUUCAGGCCCUCACAAACAGCUCAGUUGUUGAGUUUUGUGUUACCCAGACUACCUCUGUCACCACCAGGAAGGCUGCGAUUUAAAAAGAGCCUGCAGCGUUUUGUUGAUAUUACAGGAAACAGACAGAAAUCCUUUCAUCGAACCCUGUGGGGUCUGUUUUGUUUUCCUCGUCCUCGUUGAAGGGUUUCAGUGAAAAUACCUCUGAUCCAACCUCGGGGGGUUUUAAUUUAGUCUGAAUAUGAUGGGGGUCCCUUAGACUUAGUGAGACUGAGCGAUUAAAACCUUUAUUAUCCAUGUUUUUAUUAAAAGAUGAUCUGAACUAAAAACUAAGAAAACACUUUUUAUUUCUCUGGGUUUUGUUUGGCAGUUUAGAGUAAAUCACUGUUUGGAUUCACUCACAUCAACAGGGACUCCAUAAAAACCAACAGCAGACGGAGAAACAGAGGAACUGUUUGGUAAAUAGACUCAGAGGAUUUAUCAUUUAUUUCCUUUAGAAGAGGUCAGAGGAGACUGAAAAAAAGGGUUUAAAUAUCAGACUCUCACGACCAGAAACUUUAGAUUUAAUUAUAGUUUUUAAAAAUGAAGAAAUGAGGUUUAAAUGGCAUCACCGGUCUUUGUAUGAGGAUGUAAGAAUGUUUUAAAUGGGCCUUAUAGUGAUUUGUUGGUGUUUGGAGUCAGCCCCAAGUGGACGCCGGAGGAACUGCACUUCUCCACUCCUGUGUUGGCGUCUCAUUUCAUAACUACAUGAUCUUUGUGGUCACAGCUUUGUCUUAAUCCCUUUAUUCCCGAUGAUGAAGUGAAAGUUUCUUCUCUCUUUGGGUUAAAAAGUCGUAAUUAAAAAAAAGUGACAGAUCCGGGUUUUCAAACUCUGUGUCCCGUCAGACCGACAUGUUUUAUUUCUACUCGUUCUGUUCGUGUGCGAUAAAAGCCGCAGAGUCAGAGGUGUUAUCUGCUCUUGUUAAGGUCAAGUCUAGAGAGAGUCUAAACAUGAAUCAUCCUGCCGUGACGGUUUAUUAUGGUGAGAUGUGGACAAUGAUGGAGAAGUCAGUCUGUUUGUGUUGGUCUGGGUUUAGGCUGAAGUACGUGCAGAAACCUGCGUCUUUACAGGGUUAGUUUUUCAAAAUAAAAGCACAGUUGAUUAUAUUUUAGCUCCAGGCUGUUUUUUCUGAGACGAGGAAACAGACGGUGAUUUUACUCUGUCUCUGUUAUUAACUUUUUGGUAUGAGGAAAAUCUCCGCUGAUCUGCUGAGAUCAGACACUGACAUGUGCCAGACCUGGGUCUGACCUGGGCCCCCUCUAAGAAGCAGGUUUAUGAAGUUACCUGAACCUGGAGCCUCCUUAGACCUGAUCCCAGUCUUAGUUUGUUGGAGUUCACCACAAAACCACCUUUAAAAACACGUUUCUUCACCUUUAUCCUGUUUUUGUUUUGAGUCCGUCUCCUAAAGCGUCUUUUUUAGGCUGUUGUCGAUGAUAUUUAGAGAGUACGUUUAUCAGACCUGCUGUAAACAGCUGGAGAGGCUGACUGACCUCAAUAUUGUUCUUUUUAUCAACAGCGACGCUUUAUCCUAAAACCUGGCAGCAUGUCCCGACUGUAAACCGACUCGUUUCUGUUUCAGCGCCUCUUAUUGUCGGAGUGUGAAAGUGAUCUUCGUGUUGAUCGUGUUUCUUAGCAGCUUCAAAUGUUGAACUGGUCGGACUGGUCUCUGUACUGACAGACCCUCUUCUCUUCUUCUUCUUCUUCUCCAGCAGCAGUUGACGCUCCCGCUGAUGAUGAGCGUAGGAACAGCCGUGAUGGGCUCCCUGCAGUUCGGCUACAACACCGGGGUCAUCAACGCGCCGCAGACCGUGAGUAUAAGUCUGCAAACAUCUUCAUUCAUCCCGCCAAGACGUUUAAACAUCAGAGUUUUUUUAUUAAACCUUUAUUUAACCCGGUAAGAACCCGUUUAGAUCCAGAUCUCAUUCACAAGAGUGACCUGGCCGAGAGCUCUGCAGCAACAAUAACAAAUAAUAAUAAAGAAGAAGAAGAAAACGACCUCCGGAAACAGAAUUAAAAACACGGACACUGUUCCAGGGUCUCCUAAAGUCUCUCAUGUCAGAUUAUUUCACCUAAAAAUCCAGAUCUUCACUCCUGAGUGUUUCUUCACCCUGAUAACGGCUCCUUCGCUCUCGCUCCACAUUAAAGAACAGGACAGGCGCUGCAGGGUGAGGGGUUGAGAUAAUUUUAGCUGCGUUCAGGUCCAUCAUGUCCAAGGACAUCAGUCUGAACAGACUCCGGGUCUUUGCCCAAACAUGGACCUCCUCUGAGCGGGACGGGGGGGACUGAGAAAAACCAGACGGAGGAAAUGAAACAAAAAGGUAGACGGAGACCAAUUAUUCCUGAAACCAUCAAAACUAAGAGAGGAGAUGCUUUUGUGACCCCCUCUGGACUCAGACCCCCUCUGGACUCAGACCCCCUCUGGACCAGAUCCAGUCCAGGUUUCAUUAGCAGACAGGUACACCAAAGACGCUCAUUUCCUGGGUUUGUCUGCAUGGUUAUAAUUUGGGUAAAUAACCUGAGCUGGUCCUGGUCUGAACACACCCUGAGGCCACACAGCUGUCUGCGCUCAGGACACACCUGCGUCACAGUGGGGGCCGAGGCUCCGCCCACUCCUUUUGUUCACCUGCAGAAAACCAAAGGUCUGAAUCUGAGGGCGACCGACGGCCACAGCUGCUCUGUAAUCAUCACACUGUCAGAGCGCACACACACACACACACACACACACACACACACACACACGCUCUGAAGUGAAGGACGCUCUGUUUCAUCAGCUGACCGUGAAGAAAAGAGAGUUUAGAUUCAGCUCUAAUGUUUAUUUGGAGUUAGAUAACGUUAAAAAAGAGAUUCUCUGUUUCUGAACUUUUCAUCAUCUCAGACUCAGAAGGAAAAGACGAAGUGGUCAGCAGAGUUUCAGGGGGGAGGAGUUUAUCAGCGGACUUAUGAUGAAAUCCUCAGAGAUUGUGAAACUGAACUACGUUUUAUUAUUUUAAGAACUGAUCCUCGAUUUAAGAGACGAACAGAUUUAAGAGGCGUACAGAUCAGCAUGUGAGUUUGUCAGUCAGUUACAAACUUAAUGACUCGUUUCCUCUUCUCUUAAACCGUCUCCUUGACAACGGUGACGUUUUUUUAUGACCGCCAUCAUCAAAUACAGUGAGUAAGAGAGCGAUCACUGUUUCUCAAUCACAGUCCUGUAUUUGUUUGAAAUGAAGUUAAAGCUCCUGUGAGGAACGUUCAGGUUUGGCGCCCCCCUGUGGACAGAUCUACAUGCUUGAAUCGUGUUUCUUCAGCAGGUUAAAACCAAAUAAAUUCGACUUUCAAAGACGGCAUGAUGUGAGUUUUUGUCUCGGAGGUCUGGAAACAUGUUGGAGGGGCGGCACAAGCUGCGAAAACAAAAGUUCCUCCUGGAGCUUCAAAGACCGUAACACCAAAAAUAACCUCUGAGAAGUUCUCCGACUUGUUCCUCAGGCUUUUUCUCGGUCAUCAUAUAAAGUCAGGAGGAGUUUUUAAUGUUAGUCUGUUUCAGAAUCAUCUAAAUAAAGUUUUAAAUCUCUCGUUUUUUUAGACAAAUCCUGAGAAAUGAAAGUUUUUUUUCUACAAAAGCUUCGAUUACUGAAAGUAGAUGUUGUGAAAAAAACCAAACUCACGAUGGGAGCGCUUCAGGGUCUUUAAGUUCAGCAUUAAAGGGUCUUUCUCAUGUCUAAACCUCCACAACACCUCAGCUGUUCACAUUUUUGCCCUGAACAUGGAAACGACACGUGUUUGUUGGUCUUCAUGGAGAGCCUGGUGAGGGGUGGGGGGUGAAUAUGCGGUCUGCUGCACACAGGACUAGUGUCAACCUGCCCUCUCGGCUUGUUAUCCCCUUCUUCUUACACACACGCGGUGAAGUCUGAGGAACCUCACGUGCGAAGGGUCCGACGGCGAGCGUGCCGGACUCUUAAUCAGCUCCUAAUCCCGGAUCAGUUAACGACCUUUUAAUGAAGAGGUUAUAAUUUCACAAAUACAACUUUUAUGCAGGAACAGUUCUGCAGAUAAUCAGCAGCACCUCUGGGUGUGACGUCGGCCUGACGGCGUCUAUGAUUAGAUUCUCUCUCUCUCUCGAGGGCCUUCCUUCGCCGCUCGCUCUCGCUCUUUCCUGUCCUCCCUCUCCUGUCUGCUGACUGCUCCACGUAGAAAAACAACAUCCUUAUUUGGAAGUUUAAUCGAGGGGUCAUCAGGGAUUUGUUUACGUUGGGUCAGCUGUGGGAAGGUCUUUAGUGCUAAAGAGCCGGGAUCGAGACUCUCAUGAGUUUAAGGAUCGAGUUUUUGAAGUUUGUCCUUCCUGAAUUCAACAAUCGAGGAAAUCUAACAAACGUUUAACUGAAGAAAGCGUUACACACUCUCUCUCUCUCUCUCUCUCUCUCUCUCUCUCUCCUGAAUCUGCACACACACACACACACACACACACACACACACACACACACACAGAGCUCACCUUGACAGAGCAGCAACAUGAAUAGAGCGACUGUUUCUUUGUGCGUUCAGAGGCAGCAGCUGGUCUGAGGCUGCAAACAGAAACACAAAAUCAUUACCUCAUUUUUCAUAACACUCGUCUCCUUCUUCUUCUCCUUCUUCUCCUUCUUCUCCUUCUUCUCCUUCUCCUUCUUCUCCUUCUUCUCCUUCUUCUCCUCGGUGCUUCUUUCUCAUGUCCUACAUGUUGUUGGUAUUUUUCAUCCAGUCUUUGAAAGUAAAAUUUAUGACUCAGACACCUGCAGGCGUCCUGGCAAGAAUAAAACCGACACACGUGAAGAGUCAGGUGGGGGACACAAAAACAAAACAAACCGGGACUUCAUCUAUAAAUAAGUCCUGAGUAGAGCUGGGCGACCCGGGAGUGUUGUGGUUGACAUUGAUGUGGUCAUCUGUUGAGCCUUCAUGGUCAUUUCUGUCGGGGGUAGCACUCAUUUUCUUUGUUUCUCACCAACAGUGCUGUCGGCUUCACCUGUUAAAGUGCUAUGGUUGGGUGGAGCUGCUGUCUGGUUGAUACUUGGUUCUAAUUCAGAACAUGAUUGGUUCAGACCCGGAGAAACUCCCCUUUUCAUUGGCUGUUCGUAUAGUCGACCGAAACAUGGCAGAAUGGCGAUUAUUGAAAAGGAUAUUGAUCGUGUUUUAUUCGAUAUUGAGGAAAAUUAAUUGAAAUCGUUUUAUCGCCCAGCCCUAGUCCUGAGUCUCCCCCUUUACUUCUAAGUCCUCACAAUCAGAGCUCAGGUCCAGGUCCCUCUCUGCCCUGAUUCUCACACUCAGUCCAUGAUCCGGGUACGAUUACGUGAAGUUGGCGUCCUGCUCGCCAUCAUGUGAAAAGGGUAAAUGUGACAGGAUGAAGGUCAGGGGUACAGUACGCCUGUAUAUGAUGACACCCUCGUGAUCGCUGCGGGGUCUUGUGAGUGGAAGCUGAUCCUGGAUCUGACCUGAUCUUUACGUGACACUCUAUAUGGACCCCUCCAGCUGAGCAGCACCCCUGAAAUAAUGGCCGCCGGCCCGGGGGGGCGAGGGCCCUGCUGAGUGUUUUUUUUCCGCUCACGCCUCGUGGAGCUUCAUGUUUCAAAAUAAACGAAGAGUGAUGUUAGACGAUCUCAGAGGCACAUGAUGGAGCCGCCGGGGCGGCCGCAGAGCUCUGGGAUUCACAGACGGGGCGCUGACCUCCAUGAAUCAUAGGAGAGGUGUCGCCGUGACGCACGCGGACACUCGCUCUACUUAACCCUGUCACAGGCUGGCAGGGCGAGUUUGUCAACACGCUGUCAUCAUGGAAGUGGAGGAACUGAAACCUGACACUUGUCUGCUCGACUGACCGGCUGUUCUGAAGCUGUGGUGAUGAUACUGUGCUGCCAUCCGGUGGUCAGAGCUGGUACAACACUGAGAAGAAGAAGAGGAACAUGUUUGUGAAGUUUGAGAAAAACCUGAUUUUGUUUUUUCUUGUGGUCCUCCAGGUUAUCGAGACCUUCAUCAACGACACCUGGAGGGACCGCUACCAGGAGGAGAUUACACCGGGCUCGCUCACCGGCAUCUGGUCCAUCGCCGUUUCCAUCUUCUCUGUGGGCGGGAUCUUCGGCUCCUUCUCUGUGGGACUCUUCGUGAACCGCUUUGGGAGGUACAGGAACAUCAUGAGUCUACUAUCAGUCACUUUAGAGGUUUUUGGUGUUUGAGGACCAGGUCUGUGAUGAGCCUGACAGUCUUCAGGACCCACCAGCUUUGACGUGACCGAAACAUAGAUCAGUUUAAACCUUUUAAAUCAGGUUUUCAUGUUUUUUCUUGUUGUUAAAUUUGGAGUUUUGUUUUUCCUCAGAUGUUAGAAGAGCGUCUAAACAUCAUAAAUAAAUCUUCUGACUGUAUGACCCUCUCUGUUGACCACAGGAGGAACUCCAUGCUCAUGGCCAACGUCCUGUCCUUCAUCGCCGCUGCUCUGAUGGGAUUUUCCAAACUCGCCAGCUCCUGGGAGAUGCUGAUCGCCGGUCGUUUCGUGGUCGGCCUCUACUCCGGCCUCUCCACGGGCUUCGUGCCCAUGUACGUCGGCGAGGUUUCACCCACGUCCCUCAGAGGAGCUCUGGGAACUCUCCACCAGCUGGGCAUCGUGGUUGGCAUCCUCAUCGCACAGGUCAGUGAGGAAGAGUGAGGUCAGUCGUCGUCGUUCUUCUAAUAAAACAUCGCAGACCUGACGGACGUCCGUUUGUCGGUUUCAGGUGUUCGGGUUGGAGGUCAUCAUGGGGAACGCGGAGCUGUGGCCCCUCCUCCUGGCCUUCAUCUUCGUCCCGGCUCUGAUUCAGUGCAUCCUGCUGCCCCUCUGUCCCGAGAGCCCCCGCUUCCUGCUCAUCAACAAGAACGAGGAGAACCGCGCCAAGAACGGUGAGCGGGUCCACCCGGGCCAACCCCGAGGAGCUGAAGCUGUAGGUUACUCCUGAAGAGUUUUUCAUCCUUUUCUUCUGCGUGUUUCAGUGCUGAAGAAGCUCAGAGGGACCACAGAUGUGAGCGCCGACAUGCAGGAGAUGAAGGAGGAGAGCCGGCAGAUGAUGAGGGAGAAGAAGGUCACCAUCCCGGAGCUUUUCCGCUCACCUCUCUACCGUCAGCCGCUCCUGGUCGCUGUUAUCCUGCAGCUCUCCCAGCAGCUGUCUGGAAUCAACGCCGUGAGUGUCCGCACCAAAAUAUUAUCCCAGAGCAGAUCUUCAGGAGAUCUGAUACCUUCUCUGAAGACUUGAAAGAAACACAAACAGAGCGGUCUGCGUGUCGGAGCAGAAAAACAGAUCCUGACUUAUGUAAGACGGAGACUCACUGUUUCUUUACUCCUCAGGUCUUCUACUACUCCACCAAGAUCUUUAAGGAUGCAGGAGUCGAGCAGCCCGUUUACGCAACCAUCGGCGCCGGAGUGGUGAACACGGCCUUCACCGUGGUGUCGGUAAGCUCCAAGAUGGUCACAUGACAGAGACGCCGUUUUGUAAAAGCUCCUCUCUCAGAGUUUAGAAACUGUCUCUCUUAUUUCUUCUUCUUCUUGUUGUUUUUUCUCCUCUCAGCUGUUCGUGGUCGAGCGAGCCGGUCGUCGGUCUCUGCACAUGCUGGGGCUGCUGGGAAUGGCGGGAUCUGCCAUCUUGAUGACCAUCGCCCUGGCUCUCCUGGUAUGAUGGUCCAGGUUUUUGGAGAUGUCAUCUGCUGAAGGUUCAUGAACAUGUCUGACCUCCUUCUUCUCUUGUCGGGUUCUUGUAGGAUCAGGUGAAGUGGAUGUCGUAUCUGAGCAUCGUGGCCAUUUUCGCUUUUGUGGCCUUCUUUGAGAUCGGACCGGGUCCUAUCCCGUGGUUCAUCGUGGCCGAGCUCUUCUCGCAGGGACCCAGACCUGCAGCCAUCGCUGUCGCUGGUUUCUGUAACUGGACUGCCAACUUCAUAGUGGGAAUGGGUUUCCAGUACGUGGCGGUGAGUCGUCGGCUUCCUUUUGAGUUUUUCAGAAUAAAACUUUAUCUUAAAAUAAAGUCAUUUACUCAGAUUCAACAUUAAAAUUUCACUUGUUUAAAGGAGAGUCUGUUUUUGGAGCUUUAAGGUGGAAAAAGGUCUAAACUGUCCCCCCAGCAUGAAGACCCUCCUCUUCUUUCAGAGCUUUAUGUUCAGAAUAAUUGAUCACUGAUUAUUGACCUUAAUGAGAGAUUGAAAAUCAUGUCUCCGUCUGCUUCUGCUGGUGUUUUAGUUUGACUGAUUUAUGAGAUGCAGCUCAGAUUUUAGACGACACAAAAAAAGUUCAGAAGUUGAGUUUUCUGUCUCUCAGAGGUUAAACCGUCUUUCUUCUUCUUCUUCUCUCUUUUUGCAGGAGCUGUGUAAGGCCUACGUCUUUGUCAUCUUCAUCGUCCUACUGCUCGGCUUCUUCGUCUUCACCUACUUCAAAGUGCCGGAGACGAAGGGCCGGACGUUCGACGACAUCGCCGCCGGCUUCCGUCAGACGAGCGCCGGAGGAGAGAAGCACUCGCCGGAGGAGCUGAACAGCCUGGGCGCCGACUCUCAGCUCUGAGUGACUGUUUAUUUUUGUUUUUUUUUAUUUACGAACUGUUUCUCAGACAGAGGAAGGAUCCAGAAGGGUCUGCUAACUCAUGAGUAGACAGAUUAGAGUCAUUUUCACACUUGUCUCCACAUUUCGGGCGUCUUUCCCAAACACAGAGCAGCCGUGUGUGACGUCUUCUGCUGCCCCUCACACACACCAACAGAAACUCCAUGGGCACUGUGUCGCCUGGCGGAUGUGGACCGGGGAGGAGCCGAGGAUAGACGGGGAGGGUUUUUAAUAUUUGAAGAUAUUUUCAGAAGGAGAAGGAGAGUCUGCAUCAAAAAAAGAAAGAAAGAAAAAAACCUUUUAAACCUUUUUACUGAUUUGAUCACUGAGCUGUGCUUCUGCUCUGUUCUCUGUAGCCUGUUACAGCACAGUCAGCUGUUUGUCUCUGUCAGUCAUACUGUAAAGCUCUAACACUGUAGACUCUCGCACUGUAGAUGCUGCACAGACUGUCACCACCAGGUGGUGCACUGCCCUAAAAAAACAGUCCCAGUUCUACCUUUAUUUAAAGUCACUGAGUACACAAACUGUGAUAUGUCUUUAAAGAUGCUGUAAGGAUUUUAACGUUUUAACUCUCUGUUUAUUUGACUUAUUUACUCUCGCUGGACUUUAUGUUACUCUUCGAUUGUUAGGUUUGAUAUUUCUCUUCCUAAAAGACAAAACUGUUUUUAAUGUGUCCAGAUAACAUGUAAAGUAUCAAUUAACCAUUUUUGUAUUUAAAUAUCAUUCCUGCUUCAUCGUGGAUUUCAUGAAAUACAACUCCAAAUGUCAGGACGCUGUGAAAACUGUCGAUAAAAACCGACUUUGAUGGUUUGGAAGUCAUCCUAAUCUGAGGCGACAAAACAAAUGUGAGAACUGAACUUUUUAUCACAGCUGUUAGAAAUCUGAUCUUUGCGGCAUGUCUUAAAAGCAACUAAAGCGUCGAGUCUGUCCUGAGUGAAAGGUCGACCUCACUGAGAGACUGCGUGGGCGAGCAGAUCACCAGAUCCAGAACAGAGUGAAACCCUCGUCUAAGGUCCGUGAUAUCCUGUAAAAACCCUGAAAGAGUCUGAAACCAUCUCUGAACAAAAGGCCCCAAACUAAAACUGGACACUAAGGAUCUACGUUCUCUCUGCAGGUUCUGACGCACAAUUCAGAUUUUUUGUUAAAUCCGAUCUUUUUGUGCGGUCGUUCACAUUACAACAACGAAUGCGUCCGUGAAGUGACCCUCAUGCACACAAAGCACAGAUUGAUUUCUGCGCCUGUUUGUGUUGUCGAACAAUGGUGACGUGAGCUGUACGCGACCUGAGCGUCCACACUGCAGUCACAUCGGAUACAUAUCUGAUUUAUAUCCACAUACAGAAAAGAGGCCUGGGUCGGAUCAGAACCAAUCAGAACUGACCUGUUCACACUUAGAUGAAAACAUCAGAUAUGAGUCACAGAUGGUUAAAACAUCAGACCUGACCUGCAGUCUGAACGUAGACUAAGACUCUGCAGCCUCAUGACUCUGUAGUGGAAAUCACCGCGUAGACUUCAGUCACUUCCUUCAUUUUCACAGUCAGCUCAUUUUAUUUCACAAGAUGAAGUUUUUAAACGAUUUCAAACCAUCAAAUUCUGCUUUGAUUUGUAGUUUUCACACCUGUCCACCUUUUUCAGGAGUUACUCGUAUUUAUUGGCAUUUUUUUGUACCAGAGUAUCUGAAGGAAAACUGACAAGAACUUCUUUACAAUCACCAGCCCUAAAGUCUAUCUGACGGCACAGACAGGAUGUUUGUGAUCCGAAGUGCCUGUUCAAAGACCAUCCAGCCUCCUGUGCCUCCACAUUUUCAGCCUUAUCACUUUUCCAGGAGGCGGAGUUUGAGGUCAGAUCGCUCUGAUCCAGACAGAUCGCUGGAAUUUUUCUGAAUUGAGAUCAUAAGUGGAUCUUUUCAGCGUCUUGUCAGAGCUGUCUGGGUCUUUUCACUCGAUUUUAAAGCUGCAGCGCUUCACGCCGUUCCUCUGCGACAACUUCACAGCAUCUUCAGAAAAUCAGAGAGUAAAUAACGGGGACCAAAGCUGCUUUAUUUUUUAUGGAGGGGGGGGUCAUCAUCCAGGUCAAAGACACCGUGUCGAUCAGCUCCAUGAGGGUCCACAGUGAGCUGGACUGAUUCUCCUCUGGAGGUUGUUGUUUUGUUUUUGUCUUUCUGCAGUUUUUGUUCUCUCUCUCUCUCUCUCUCUCUCUCUCUCUCUCUCUCUCUCUCUCUCUCUCUCUCUCUCUCUCUCUCUCUCUCUCUCUCUCUCUCUCUCUCUCUCUCUCUCUCUCUCUCCCUCUCCCUCUCUCUCUCUCACUCGUCGAUGACUGCUGUAUCACUCUGUUCGACUCUUUCUGCUCUUUAAAAACAACAUCGUUUAAGGAAAGUUAUCUCUCUCUUUAGCGGCACUUUAUUCUCCGUCGUUCUUUGUUACUGUUUUAUAUUUUUUAUUUUCCUCACAGUGUGGAAACGUUACUGAGGAGAGACUGAAGUACUGCUGACGGACUACUUGAUGUUUUUGUGCGUUUGUUUCAUUUAUAAAUUUUAUCGAUUACAGCCUUCUAUGGAGCACAUUUCGGCGCCGUUCGUGGUCUAAAAAUGGACCCUGAAAUGAAAUCCAACACAGCAGUCCAAAUCCUGUUUAUCAUCAUUCCAUACCUGGUUGUUCAUUUUUGUACAUACUCGCUCUUUCCUCUCGUUUGAGGCGUCGUGUCACUCAUCCUGGAAAAGCACUGUAACACCCACUCUCUGUGCCUUUCGAUGGCCUUCACAUAUCUGCACCAGCAAACACACACACACCAGCGAAAUCAUGUAACCGCACAGAAGAAGAAGAAAAACACACACACACACACUGACGUCGAUUGUGUAACUGUAUUUUGAACGUGUACAUAUCCAGCGGUCUACUGGGGCAUUCAGUUUUAAUGUUGUCUGUAGCCUUUGAAAUCUCUGAUGGCACAAGUUUGUGGUUUUAACAACAACAACAACAUGAUGAUGAUGAUGAUGAUGUAAAUAUGACUGGGUCACUCUGGCUUCACUCACUCUAAAUGUAUAAGAUAUAUAUAUUUAACUUUUUUAAUAGGUGAGUUCAUGAUUAGGGCGCGUUAAGCUUCCACACCUCUGUUUCUUUAUGAUUUUAUAUCUGAAGAGAUGUCGUGGCCUAAUAUCUCUAUCUUUAAUUUUAAUUCAGAUUUUGAUGAGAAACAUUCAGUAGUGUUUUCAUGUUAGUGCACAGAGUGUAUUUUAAUGUUUGUAAUAAUAAAAGAUCUGUGUGUACGGUGUUGGAAUGUGAAAUAUGAAAUGUGAUGAUGGAUGUUGUCCCGUGUGGAUGUCCACACACGUGUAUUAGUGGUUCAAUGGCUGAAUAAAAGAAAUCAUACAUACAGAGAAA